UAUUACUUAUAAGCUUUAAUAUGAAGCUAUUAGAGCGUCUGAUCAUCUUGAAGAAAUAAGUGCUUCAUUCCUGGCUUUCAAACCUCUGUGUGGUCUCGAUCAAAUAUGAGUUAAAUAUCUUUACAAAACUGAAUGCUAUUGAAGAAUUUCAUUAAACAAGAUAUUGGCCAAGAUUGAGAGUUCAAGCCGAGACUCCACAAUUAAUUUUAUAGACAUAAUUGAUAAUGCCUACUUAUGCUAGAAAAUAGCUCUCACUUUUAUUCUCAACUACAUGUUCGGAGCUGUUAUGAAAAAUUAACUGAUAAAGAAAAUUGUCUGGACUUUUUACCAGAAGUCAGCAAAUUCAAUGAAGAAAAUUUCAAGAUUAACCCUCAAUUAUUCUAAAUAUUAUCUCUUCUAUACCCUAUAUUCUUAAAAUUUAUCAAAUUAAUCUUUGACAAAAAUCUAGCUUCCCAUUAAUUCCCCGAAAAUUCCCCGAAAAUUUUCCUACCUCACCCCUCUAAAAUGUUCUAUAAAAUCCCUUAUUACCUAAGAAUCCUCACUCUAUCCACCUUCUGCCCAUCUCCAGCCCCACCUUCCCAUCCCUCAACCCCCAAAAUUCCUUCCCCCUUCCUUCCUCCUUCCUCCACCCCUUCCAAAUCCCUUCUUCCUCCUAAACUCGCUUGGCCCUUCCCAGCCUCUCUUCCAUCCACACAAAACUCCAAGGUCCUCCUGCACAGCACUGGUCAAAUUAUAUGCGAACAAAACUCUAAGGGGUUAUAAUCAAUUUUGA